AUGAAAAGAGAUAGACCCUUAUCAACUUCGGAUUUGAUAACACUCCCAAACAAAAGGAGAAAAAUUGAGAUGUCUCCUCCCUCAACUCAGAAAAAAAACAUAUUUGGAUCGGGAACAAAAUAUGCUGGAAAAUCGUUUGCCAACAUAAGCUCACAAAGAAAUAUUUUUGAUGAGCAACCUUCGCAAGAAAAGAAUGAUAAAGGAGAGGGUGAUAAGGAAAUACAAAAUUUAAUAAAAGAACAAGAAGUAUUAACGGGGGAAGAGGAUGAGGUUACAAGACACACGGUGCGAGUGAAAUUAUAUUGUAUGGAAGGUCAAUGGAAAGAAAGAGGAGUUGGCUUUCUAAAACUUAAUCAAUCAAAAAACAAUGAGAAAUCAUUUCGUUUAGUUAUGCGAGCUGAUAACAUAUUAAAGGUGAUUUUAAACGUAGCAUUAUUUAAUGGAAUGCAUGUUGAAAAACAGGAUAAAUUUGUGAGAUUUUUCGUAUAUGAGGGUGAGAGACUCGUCCAUCUUGCUAUUAAGUGUUCCAAUCCGAAGGCAACGGAAGAGUUGUAUAAUGCUAUUAAGAACGUAAUUCCUACAGUUUAA